AUGGGUUUAUUGGAGCAAGAUGAAAAAAUUAUUGAGCUAUUGUAUACCGAGUCAUCACGUAUUGUUUGUAGUAACUCGAAAAAAUCAGAUGAUGAGGUUAAGUUAUGGAGAGAAACAUUGGAUGAGGCAAGUUAUAUUAGUGCAUUAUGUAGACCAACCGGAAAUCAAUUUGGUAUUGUGGGAAUUCAGGUCGCGGGUACAACUAUGUAUCUGAAUAUUCUAGUAAAUGAUCUGGCUGGUAUACCAAGAUACUUCCAUUUAAAUCAUGCAGAAAUUCCAUUAUCCCCUUACCAGUCACGCCCAAAAUCUCUCAUUCGUUUACUAUUAACCUUAAGAAAUGUAAUGAUCGUGAAUAAGACACUAGUCAAAAUAGUCCAAAUCAGAUAG